AGUACUCAAACGAGCUCGACGCACUUACUCCUUCGAUGGUGACUUGGCAACCGUAUCUUGAUCCAUAUUUCGCCAGCAUACAGUUGAGCAGCAUGUGCUCAAUAGACGAGGACAUCUACCUCAUGAGGUGUCCCCUCAUCUGUUUUUAUGCUGUUGAGUACCACUUGCCCCACAGAGUUGCUCGACAGUUCGGAUUGCGCCAGGAGUUUCCGGUGGAGCCAUUCUCGACUUCAAUAGAACUUCAUAAGUUCGACAGACAGAGACAGAAGAAGGUCACGGACUUCGAGACGCACCAUCGUGAUUACAUUGAUGAAUGGGCACAGCAGGGGGAUCUUAACUAUGAGAAUGACCAGGCGCACACAAACUACAACUUCCGGAGAAAGCACAUCCAAUCUAAGCUCCAUGAGGUCACAGAGGAUGGAACUGAAGAAACAUCGGCGGUGGCAGCGACGGCGACUGCCACUGUGGUGAGACAUUUGUUUGAACAUUCCGCUGUUGUAAUAUUGACUGCAAAUGCAAUAUGUUAUUACCGCUAA